AUGAUAAAUACUCCGGAUUCGACAUCGGAUGAGGAUAAUCUAACAGAAUUCACAAUUGAGCUCUCAAAAAGUGACGCGGUCUACACGUGGAAUGAACAUGUCAAAGGAAGACUUAUCAUCAAGAUUGUUGAAGGAAGCAGUAUUGAAAUAAGCUCGUUGCGAAUUUUAAUUCAUGGCUAUGGUAAAGUGAAUUGCAAGGGAAAGAAGGACGAGCUUCUUCAGGAAAAUGCGACCUAUAUGAAAAAGUUCUCGCAAGUGGCUAAUAAUAAUUUCAUCAUAUCUACCAAAGAAUAUUCGUUUCCAAUUGAGGAAGUGUUACCAGAUCAACUACCAACAUCAAUAUAUUCUCCAAAAGGGUAUAAUCAAUAUUUGAUACAGUGUACAAUGGAAUAUAAAACAUCAAAUGGAAAUCCAAGCAUUGUGAAAGCAGUUCGCGGGAUAACAGUAAUCGAGCCGCUCGACUUGAACCUCGUCUGCCGCCAUUUUUUCGAGCCAAAAAAUGAGUUUGAGCAACGAAAAUUUGGCUGGUUCGCUUGCACCGGCGGCCACAUCCGACUCCAAUUAACCAUUGAGCGGUGCGCAUUUGUCUGCGGAGAAGCAAUUGCAUUUAUCGGGAAAAUUGAGAACAAAAGUGACAGGAGAAUCGAAAAAGUGGCUCUGUCGUUGGUCAGAAAUACCAAAUUUGGUGCGAAUUUGGACGAUGACGCUGAGUGUUCCACUAUCGAUCAUCAAGUGAUUCAAGAAGAUUUGCUAGCGAUGUAUAUCGAAGGUGGAUGUGUGAAUAAAAUCGACAAAAAAGUGCAUAUUCCAUGCACAGCUCCAAGCACCCCGACCAAUCAAAUAUUUCGUCAGCCGCCGGAAAAUCAGAAAUUCAUUCCACUUCGUCGAAGAUCGCAAAUUGGGAGGCUCUCCUUGACUAGUCAACGAUCGAGGCCUUCCAUCAGCUCGGCGAGCAGUGUACAAAGAAUAUUGGCGGUCUCGUAUAACUAUACUGUCAAGGUUAAAACGGGAGGCGUCGAUGUGAUUGAGUUAACCGUUCCUGUCGUGAUCGGAACGAUUCCAAUGUUGGAGCAUGUUAAUCCGGAAGAAGCGAAGGACGUAAUGGAGGUUCCCGAUUAUAAACUUUGCCGACAUGAUAAGCCGAUUGCAUUGAUUGAUGAGAAAGAGCGCAGUUUGUGCAAUAAGGCUCAACUCCAGCAUGUGAACAAAUACCCAUUUUACGCGACCCUUACGACUUCAUCAAAGCAGAGCAAAAAGUUGAGUGUGAUUGCACAAGCAAUCAAAACCGGAAACAAAAUCAUGAACACGAUACGUGAUGUAAUGGAUGAAGACAAGUAG